GUCUGGUUUCCGGCAAAAAGUCAAUAAAAUAACGAUCUUUCGGCCGUUUUGUUGCAGACUUCAGCCAACAUCAGAUUUACUUCACAUGCUGAUUAUUAUAGCAGUGCCUACUAUUCCCGGAACGAUCAAAGAUGAAUGCAUCGACGAUUGUGGUUGCCUUCCUGAUGUUAGGCCUCCUGGUGGCGCCAUCUAGAGCCUGGCCGAACUGGUGGGACCGCACAAGGGAAGCCUUCCAGGGAGCUCAGGAUAUGCACCGAGCUUACAAUGACAUGCGUGAAGCCAACUGGAGGAAUUCAGACAAGUACUUCCAUGCACGAGGAAACUACGAUGCCGCACAGCGAGGACCCGGAGGAGCUUGGGCAGCUCGCGUCAUCAGCAAUGCACGUGAAAAUUAUCAAUCUGGCCUCAGCGGUCAAGGACCCCAGGAUACUGCAGCUGAUCAGGCGGCUAACCAAUGGGGGCGCAGCGGUGGAGACCCCAACGUAUAUCGUCCAGCAGGACUCCCUGAUCGAUACUAACCUGCAUGGCUUCAAAUAAACUGAAGAAGAGUUGAUACAUCUGCGAGCCGACACCCCUGUACCGGCAUGCAGCGAUUCAAAUCGCUCGUAGUUCAUCGAUCCUUGCUCAACUCGCAAUAACUAUAACUUUUGUUUAACAUUAGCAUACCCUACAUAUUUGAGAUUUUCAAAUACACACUCUGUUUUCGUUUGAAGGGCAUCUUAUUCUCUGUAAUGAAGGUUUUUUUUAUUUAGUUCAUUAAAAAAAUGGUCAAUAGCUUUAAUUAAUUAAUAACGAAUCCACAAGAAAACAUAAUGAAUGCUCGUAACGUAUGUUAAUUUAUGUUUUGUAGAAAGCUGGUCUAGAAUGAAAUUAAAAUAAGAUAUAUUUGUCCCC